UUUUAUGGUAUGGGUACGGUGUCAAUUUGGUCGUAGAUAGAAGUGGAAUUUCAACAUUUGUUGAAUGACCGCAUUAGCUGCAAGCUAACUAAAGUUGCUGUUUGUUUGAACUAACUCUGUUGACAACCUAGAGAGCGUUUUGUGCCCAAAGUUGCCGUCUAGAUAACCAUUUGCCUGGUGUUUAUGUCAUUUAAAUUAUUCAUUUUUUUAAUGCUCUGGUCAUUGAUUUACAUUAGAUUUGUUGUCUGGGUUUAUAAUGUUUAUGUGGUGGUAAGACAGGAAACAGGUGCACUGCACAGAACUUGUUUGUCUAGUGUUUUAACAAUCAUUUUAAAAUCCUGAAAAACAAUUCUGGGAUCAGGUGUGUGAAAACAGCUUCAUAAUGGGAUUGAAUAUUGAAGCUACACAUUACUACAUUUGGAUACAGUUAAUAGUUAUGAGAAUAACUAUUAAGGAACGUUGCAUUUUAAAGGGAGGUCUAAAUCUUGAUUUUAACAUUGUGUGUGUGUGUGUGUGCGUGCGUGUGUGUGUGUGUGUGUGUGUGUGUGUGUAAUAUCUUGUGUAAAUUCAGGGUUCAGAGGUGCUGACAGGUUGCAUUUCAAUGGGACCCUGCUGAGCGAUUCUCAUCUGUAUUAAGUCUGAAGGACCAUCAUGCUGUUGGAAGCUCAGCUGCGUUUCUGUCAGAAUUGUCUGUGGUUCUGUAAAGGUUCCCAGCGGCUGAUCUCACUAUCCGCUGUCCACAGGUCAUCAGCGAAUUACUAUGACCUUCUUGGAGUGAAACCGUACGCCUCGCUGGAUCAAAUAAAGAACGCCUUUUUCGACAAGUCCAAAAAGAUUCAUCCAGACAGUGACCUAUCUAAUGCUGGUCUUCACAGUCAGUUUGUUCAGCUGAAUGAGGCCUACAGGGUUCUGAGCAGAGAAGGUUCCAGACGGGAAUAUGACCUCAGGCUGAGGUACCAGUACGCCGGAGGUCAGGCCUUCAGAACCUCCACGUACAGCCCCAGUGCAGAGGCAUCAGAGAACAUACGAUAUUGGGAGCAGUUCAGACAGGCCCAGCCUCAGGAGAACUCGGCUGAGGAUUGGGAAAAAAAAAAGACACGGAACAUGCGAUUGGUGGGCUACUGCGUGCUCACCAUGUUGCUCAGUCUCUCUGUCCAUUACUUUGGGUUCAGGAAACUGGAAGAGUUCCAUAAUAACUUCAUGGAUGAGAAAGACAGAGUCAUCACUGAGAUCUACAACGAAUCCAAAGAGAGAGCCAGAGUGAACGGCUUUAAAAAACAGCAUGACAUUUUAAGACAGAAACACGCAGAGUUCCUGGAGAAGUUCAAGAUCCGCAGCAGCAGCGGAGACGAUAAGUAAAAUGAGGAAAACCAACCUGAUCCUGAUCCAUGGAUGAACAUUAAAUAUUAUUUUGAAUUCAUAGAUUUGAACAAAUUCUCUAAAAUGAAGCUGGAACCGUUCAUGCUUUCUCUUGUAAUGCGGUAACAUUUCGGAUCGUUCUUUCAGUCACCAUAUAGUCUGCACCGUGACAACGAAACAAACCUGGCUGAUUAUAGGUUUGUGUGGUUCUUCAUCGGGUGUUAAAAACAUGUACAUCUACUGUAUUGCCUGCAUUUACAGGCGACGUUGUACCUGCACCUAGAAGGGUGUUAUGGAAACAUUGCAUUCCUGAUAAAGUCGUUCAUGAAAACAGUGUACAUCGUGCACUCUGUUAAGCUCAGUGUGCGUGUUUGUGUGUGGGGGGUUCUCAUGCAAGUAUAUUUAACACAUGAACACUAUAGGGAAUCAUUUUUCACAUGCUGGUUAUUUUCCAACUAUUAAUCUAAUUUCGGCUAGAAAGUUAAUGGUGCUUUGUGAAUGAAUGUGUUUUGGAUAAUAGAUCACGUGCAUCUGUGUGGUACACGAGGAGUGUGCUAAACAGAACGAUUUUAAUAAAUGAUGAUCCUGGAUUAAGACUCCUGGAGAAUUUUGUGCACGGAUUCUCGAAAUGGAUUGUUAGAAUUUAUUCAAGCGGUUGCCUUAUUUAAAGAAUUCAGUAUUUUAGAGUAUUUUAGAGUUUAAUGGAUAUCCUGCAAUAAAGAGACAUUUUUUUAAAAAUUGUAAGGGAUCGUGUGUGAGAGCCUUAAUGUCUCUUUCUGUCAUUGUUUCUUGCAGUAAAGAGUAAUAAAAUGACCUCGGGAUCACAAUUUACACAA